UAGGGCUUUUGCUAGCGAUGGCGUCGUGCACACACCACCACCACUGCGCCGACCACUCCUGCGCUGCCGAGUGGUCGCUCCACGCCCACAUUGACACCGCCAAGGUCUGGGCGCUGAACGAGGCCUCUCCAGGCAGCUCCAAAUCGGUCUUCAAGAGCUGGGAUCAGCGACUGGAUCUCUCGGGAUCGCUGGAGAGCAAUGAGGACGAUCCCGAGCUCAUUCUUUUCAUCCCCUUCACCACUGACGUGAAGAUCAAGAGCAUUUGCGUCAUCGGAGGCACUGAUGGCAGCAGCCCAUCCAAAAUGAGAGCGUUCAUAAACCGCGAGGACAUCGACUUUUCGGAUGCGAGGGAGCUCCUUCCCGUGCAGGAGUGGGAUUUGGCUGAGAAUCUCUACGGAGAACUGGAGUACCCAACAAGGUAUCCCAAGUUCCAAGGCGUCGCCAAUCUGACCCUGCAUUUCCCGACCAACUUUGGCGGCACGAGCACGCGCAUCCACUACGUUGGACUGAAAGGAGAAUCUACCAAGGUGAAUCGGGAUGCCGUGACUAAUGCAGUCUACGAGGCAUAUCCAAAUCUGUCAGAGCACCAGAUCCCAGGUGGUACUGGAGCACCCGAAGUUUCGUAGCUUUUCGGAGGCGCUCUACUCCCCCCGAGUGAUUUACUCGUUACGUUUCGCUCUAUAAGGUGUUGUUAGCGCUAGAGCUGUACAGGGAAGCUUGGUUUUGGACGCCUUUUGAGACCGGAAAUGAUACCAAAGCCAGGAAAGUUUUUGGUACUUGAGUCUACUUUUAAUUUUUUUUCUUUUGUCAA